AUGAGCUUUCUCUCUCACUUUAUUUUUAUAUUCAUUCUCCUUUUAUUUUUCCUUUCCAUUCCUUUCUUUCUUGUUUCUUUCAUUCUAUUCCUUACUUCGUUCUUUCCUUACUUCUCAUUCAUUCUUUCUUUCUUCAUUAAUUUUUCUUUUCCUUCUUCUUCUUUUUCUUCCUUCCUUUCUUCCUUCCUUCUUUCCUUCCAACAUUCAUUCUCCAUUUAUUUCCUUGCUUCAUCUUUCUUUCUUUCUUUCUUUCUUUCUUUCUCCGUUAAUUUUUCUUUCUUUCUUUCGUUCAUUCUUUCUUUCUUCAUUAAUUUUUCUUUCUUUCUUUCUUUCUUUCUUUCUUUCUUUCUUUCUUUCUUUCUUUCUUUCUCCAUUAAUUUUUCUUUCGUUCGUUCCUUCUUUCUUUCUUUCUUUCUUUCUUUCUUUCUUUCUUUCUUCUUUUCUUUCUUCAUUAAUUUUUCUUUUGCUUCUUCUGCUUUCCUUGCUUUCUUCUUUUCUACAUCCAUCCUCCAUUUAUUUUCCCUCCUUCAUCUUUUUCCUUUCUUUUUUCUUUGUCCAUUAAUUUUUCUUUUACUUCUUCUUUUUCUUCCUUCCUUCCUUCCUUCCUUCCUUCCUUCCUUCCUUCCUUCCUUCCUUCCUUCUUUCCUUCCAACAUUCAUUCUCCAUUUAUUUCCCUGCUUCAUCUUUCUUUCUUUCUUUCUUUCUUUCUUUCUUUCUUUCUCCGUUAAUUUUUCUUUCUUUCUUUCGUUCCUUCUUUCUUUCUUCAUUAAUUUUUCUUUCUUUCUUUCUUUCUUUCUUUCUUUCUUUCUUUCUUUCUUUCUCCAUUAA